AUUGAAAUAAUUCAAUAAUUGUUAACAGGAAAAUAUAUCCAUAUAUUUUUUUUAACAAAAAAUUUCACAAUACUCGUGUAUUGAAAGCGAACUAUAAAUAAAUAAAUAUUUUGAAAUGGAAGCCAGACGAAGCAAUGUUCAAACUCUGCACAAACCGCAAUCGUCAAAGAUGCAAGUCGUAAAAACAGCUAGCGAGGUGAGCCUCACACCCAGUCAGGCUGCAGAACAGGCCAAGAUAAAUGCGCGAAAAAAUCCACUGGAUGCAUUAAGUCGCUUAUCUUUACGGCAACAAGGUGUAGAAAAGCGUUCGGGGCUUCAAGAUGUUGAUGAUGAAUACUUCAAAAAAAAUAUGUUUUCUCGUUCGAAUUUGAACAAGCAUUCGGGGUUGAAUGACUCUUAUGAACAAUAUGGUCACACAAAUUCGAUGGCGCACGGUGAUGCUUCUCAUAUGCAAGCGCAGCAAUAUCAAGCCAAACAGCAAUUCACUCAAAACCCAAAUCAAAGUCAUCCAACUUCACAGGCAGUACAACCACAUCAGCAUGCAACAGAUAUUGCGCCACAACAACAAGUACCCAUCCCUCAGCCGCAAAAGCCUUCAUCACCGGUGCAGUCUAAAAAUCAAUCGUACAAAGAAUCACAUUUAUCGCAGCCGAUGCCAACAACUGAGCCCCGCAAUCAACAAUCACAUCAACAGCAACACCUUACGCAUUCAUCAGCUGCACCUGUCGCCGAACCCGAAUUGUGUACCACUUGCCCUAACUGUCAAACAACGAUUUACCUUGUUCGGGGAAACGACACCAACAAUGAACCUCCUCAAGGUUAUACCUCAAUCCACCAUGAUACCACUGGUAGCACUAAUGCUAAUUAGCACAUUAUGUCGUCCCGGUCCUGGCCACUUUUCUAAGAUAAGCAAUUUUCUCCUAAGAUAUAUUAAAUUUUUUGUAACAUAAAUUUCCCAGUGAGUAAUAAUAUAUAAUAAAAAAUUAUAUUUAUUUCUAA